UGAUAAGUAUACAUGACGUCAGCAGUAUUGCGCAGCCGCAGGCAAAUACGCGAAGAUGGUGCUCAUCAAGGAAUACCGUGUUGUGUUACCAUGCACAGUUGAAGAGUACCAAGUGGGGCAGCUGUACUCGGUAGCAGAGGCCAGUAAGAAUGAGACCGGUGGAGGGGAGGGCAUCGAGGUGCUUAAGAAUGAGCCCUACGUGAAGGACGGAGAGAAGGGCCAGUACACGCACAAAAUCUACCACCUGAAAAGUAAAGUGCCAGCCUUCGUGAAAAUGAUUGCACCAGAAGGGUCUCUCGUGUUCCACGAGAAGGCCUGGAAUGCGUACCCAUACUGUCGGACCAUUGUAACGAAUGAAUACAUGAAAGAUGACUUCUUCAUCAAAAUUGAGACCUGGCAUAAGCCUGAUCUCGGAACAGUUGAAAAUGUCCAUAAACUCGACAACGCAACAUGGAAGUCGGUGGAGGUGGUGCCUAUUGACAUCGCCGACAGAGAUCAAGUGGCCCCCGGAGACUACAAGGAAGAUGAGGACCCAGCACUGUUUAAAUCAGCCAAGACUAACCGCGGCCCGCUGGGGCCCAACUGGAAGAAGGAGCUGGCUAAUAAGCCAGACUGCCCCCGCAUGUGCGCUUAUAAACUGGUCACCGUCAAGUUCAAGUGGUGGGGCCUGCAGAGCAAAGUGGAGAGCUUCAUUCACAGAGUGAAGAAGCGGAUCUUUACCAACUUUCACCGCCAGCUCUUCUGCUGGAUCGAUAAGUGGGUGGAGCUCACCAUGGAGGACAUCAGAAGAAUGGAGGCAGAGACGCAGAAAGAGCUGGAGGAGCUUCGCAGAAAGGGUCAAGUGCGAGGAACCAGCGCUGCCGACGAAUGAGACCAACAUCUCCCCAUGACUGCGACCAUGAUACGAAAACGCCUACAAGAUCUCCCAAGACAACCUAUCGCAGAGCUCCUUUACUUCCUCCCACCCAAUCAAGAAGGAGAGGAACUGGGCUCGUCACUGUCGAUCAUUAGAACAGGUCCCCGACAAUUGACCCAAUCACUACCAACCUCUGUCGACAGAAUAAUCAGUGCUUUGAGAAUGACAGAGAAUGGUUCUUUUACCCAACGGCCUGCAUUAGAACUGCCUUCUCUUCUCCUCCCCCUUGUCCAGUCCAGUCCUCACUUCAUUCCAGAGGCAGAUCGCAGGCUGACCGUAAGGAAAAAGAACACAACCAAAAACAAUGGUCUCCUACCACAGACAUCUCACAGCACGGCUUUCCUUUUGGCUUAUAUCAGAGCAAGCCCUCUGAAAAUUUAAUCCAGACUUUAGCUAGUUGCUUUUACUAUCCCC